AUGUCUUUCUCCAGCCUUGUUCAGGACUUGAGCCUCCGUGACUCCAAUGGCGCUCGCCGCCCUCAGAUUCCUGGCCCCCGCUCAUCCGCCUCGACUCUCGACGACCGAACCUCGCACAUAUCACGUGCCAUGUCCUACACCAGCACCGCUGCCACCAGUGUCAGCAUCUCUGGCGAUAUUUCAAGCCAGCUUCAUGGCGGUUACUUCCACCCUCUGGCCCGCUCAUGGCAGGCUGAGCGCCAGCUUACCAAGUCUAUGCUCAUUUACCCUCUCUUCGUUACCGAUGGCGAAGGUGACAUGAUCCUCGUUCCCUCUCUCCCUGGCCAGCACCAGCUCAGCUGCGACAAGCUGAUUCCUUUCCUCGAGCCCCUCGUUCACAAAGGCCUUCGCUCUGUUAUGCUUUUCGGUGUUCCCAUGCGGGCUGGCACCAAAGACACCCUAGGCACGGCUGCCGACGACCCCGAGGGCCCCGUCAUCCGCGCUAUCCAGAUCAUCCGCCGCCGUUUCCCUCAGCUCUUCAUCUGCUGUGACGUCUGUCUUUGCGAAUAUACCUCCCACGGUCACUGUGGCAUUCUCCGUGACGAUGGCAGCCUCAACAACCAAUUGUCUGUUGAUCGUAUCUCCGACGUGGCUGUGGCCUAUGCCAAGGCUGGUGCCCAAUGUGUCGCCCCCUCGGACAUGAACGACGGCCGCAUUCGCGCUAUCAAGCUUAAGCUGAUCGAAGAGGGAAUUGCCCACAAGACGGUGCUAAUGUCAUACUCUGCCAAAUUCUCCGGCUGCUUGUACGGCCCCUUCCGAGACGCUGCCGGAUCAGCACCAUCAUUUGGUGACCGCAAGUGCUAUCAACUUCCUCCUGGCGGCCGUGGUCUCGCGCGACGUGCCAUUGUCCGAGACAUCAACGAGGGAGCUGAUAUCAUUAUGGUGAAGCCUGCCAGUCAGUACCUUGACAUUAUCAGUGACGCGAAGGAGCUGGGCAAGGAUCUCCCCGUGGCCGCUUACCAGGUCAGCGGUGAGUAUGCCAUGAUCCACGCUGGCGCUAAGGCAGGCGUCUUCGACCUCAAGGCUAUGGCUUUUGAGUCAACGGAGGGUAUCCUUCGAGCUGGUGCCACCAUUGUGGUCAGCUACUUUACUCCUGACUUCUUGGACUGGCUCGAGAACUAG